AUGCGAAUAGCAAAUGAAGUCAGAAUUAAAUCAAUAGCAAACGAGUAUUUAAAUUCGAUAACAUGGGAGCAGGACCUAUCAUCUAUCUUUGAGUCUUUGGAUUCCCAAGCCAUUGAGCCUCCUGGUUCAUUGGUAAUCGAAGAAAAUCGGCGCCUUCCGAAAGUUUUACCUGGGCAGGUCCUCGUGAAGACUGUUGCAGUCGCUCUCAACCCAUGCGAUUGGAAAAUGCCAACAAAUUUUCCACAUCCAGGCGCAGGUGAUGGAUCGGAUUAUGCGGGGAUUGUUGUGGAAUUAGGGCCGGGCGUUGUUCGAAAGGACCUUCGAAUUGGAGACCGAGUAGCAGGCGCUGUCCAUGCAUCUAACCCGCUCAACCCCGAAUCCGGCUCCUUUGCGCAGUACGUCGCCGGCUAUGCGGAUCAUUUGUGGAAAAUCCCGGACACGAUGUCGAUGCAAGACGCGGCAGCCAUUGGCUGGUGCACUGUUGGAAGUGUUGGCAUGGCAUUGCAUGCAUUGAAGUUGCCUGGAUCGCCCGAGAAGCCUGUUCAGAAGCCUGUGUAUGUGUUGGUAUAUGGCGGAAGCACAGCAAGUGGGACCAUGGCAAUCCAGCUUUUAAAGCUGUCCGGGUUCAAAGUAAUCACAACUUGCUCCCCUAAGAAUUUUGCCCUUGUGGAGUCAUACGGGGCCGAGAAGGCCUUUGACUAUAGGCUAUCAUCCUGCGCAAAAGAUAUUCGCGCCUAUACCAACAAUUCAGUGCGAUUCGUUUUGGAUAUUAUCACUGUAGCAAAGUCGAUAAAACUGUGUUACGCCGCAAUCGGACGGACAGGAGGCCAGUAUCUUGGCUUCGAGCUUAUCCCAGAAGAACUUAUUGCCAACAUGAGAAAAGUUGUCAAAGCCGACUGGGUUCUGGGCAUCAGGCUAACUGGAGAAGACAUUGCCCUUCCUGGAGGCUAUGGCAGUAAGGCUGAUCCUGAGCUGCGGAUAUGGGGCAGCAAAUUUGCCGCGCGUAUAGAAAGCUUAAUCCACGCCAAAAAGAUAAGGCCACAUCCUCCCAAGGUUUAUCCAGGUGGGCUGGACGGUAUUAUCUCUGGUGUUGAGAGAAUGAAACGCGGGGAAAUAUCCGGGGAAAAGAUGGUGUACCUUAUAGGGUCAUGUUGA